AUGUCCUUCAGCAUGUGGGUUUUCACUGUGCUUUUCAUCAGUAUGGAGGAUCUUGUGAAUGGCGAUGAGUUAAAGACUGUGAUGGAGGGAGAUGUUCUCACUCUACAAACAAGAGACACUGAGAGUCUCAGUGAAGUAACAUGGCUGUUUAAACGAGGUGAUCAAACUGUUCGUAUCGCACAGAUGUAUCAGGGUUAUGAACCCUUUUAUGAAGAAACACUAACCGGCAGAGUGAAAAUGAACCCAAAGACUGGAGCUCUGACCAUCUGGAACAUCAGCAGCAGCGAUUCUGGACUUUAUCAAGUUUCUCUCCACAGUGGAUCUGUCUCAGAGAAAAGGAUCAGAGUGGAUGUUUACAGGCCUGUUUCUGUACCUGUCAUCAGGUCUCCAGUUGGUGUAAACCAAACUCAAGGUGAGACCCCCACUCUUUUUGAUUGUUCAUUUAGCAGACCACAACCAGCAGUUCAACAUAUGGAUUUAAGAAGACUCAAAACUCAAAACAAAAAGAAAAAAGGUUCUCUCAAACGGUUCAGAAUUAACCUGACACAACAGAUGUCCACUAGGUUCAUCAAAGCAGCCACAGAAGAUGGAGAAGUUCUGCUCUGUGUUGUGUUCUGUGAAAAAUGA